AUGGCAUACCGCGGUCGUUCUCCAGUCACGAGCGACUUCGAUGUUCGCAGCAACGACUCCAGCCCCGACCCAUUGGCCAUGUCCUUCGAUGAAAACAAAGCAAAGUCAGCACGCAAAGCAACACCGCGAAGACCGCUAGGCUCCACAUCUCCAAGCAAGCAGAACCGACGAGGAGGCGUCUCUGAAUUCGAAUUCUCGUCCCCAUCCAAGGCCAUGGUCAUGAACACCCCCAGGAUGGGCAGCGCAAGCCCGUGGCGGAUCAAGGUCACCGUCCAUGCCGAACCAGGAAGUGACGACGAGAACGCGCAGUCACCGAGCGUCAAGCGCGUGACAACGAGAACACAGACCACGACUGUCCCUUUGAAGGACCCUGACGCGUCCUCGCCUGUCAAGCGUGGCCGCGGUCGACCAAGGAAGUCCGACGUGGGAGCGACUCCCAAACUUAAGCGAGCUGGAACGCCAAAGAAACGGGCGGCAAGAUCAAAGUCACGAGAUCUAAGCACGGGGGCCACAGAUGCGAAUGCGGCAGAUGUAGACACGGAUGCCCCGCCUAAGAGGAGGAGAGGACGGCCAAGGAAGAACGCACAGCCCCCCGUAGAGGACGAAGACAUCAUCAUGGAGGCACUUCAGAUCCAUGACGAGCCAUCACCGGAAGCGACACCUAUUCCUACAGCAAAGUCUAAGCCAUCAACAUCACAGAAGAGCACACGAUUUGCGACUCCGCUGGCAUCUGUCCCAGAUAUUGAGACCACAGAUGCGACCCCACAACCACCCAGCUCCGCUCUUCCACAGGACAAGAAGCAGAACGACACACGUCUCACGCUACCAGCCGACCGUCGCAGAAGGGGUUUCCUGCCAGAGUAUGAACUACCAGUCAUUGACACACCUCCGCGAACAGAGCUGGGAGAUAGACUACGCGCUCGCAAGAACACGCCACAUGCCAAGAAAGCCGUGACCAUCUCGUCGGAUGAAGAAUCAGACCAAGACAGCGAUGUUCUUACCCCAACUAGCGGAGAAGAUGACAACGGUGCCGACGAAGAGAUGGAGGAUCCGUUCGCCACUGCAGGCGCACCGGAAGAAACGCGCGCUGUGGUCGAGCACGAAUCGAACUCGGUCGAUGCAUAUCCUGAAAUUGAAGGCCCUGUUGCGUGCGGAGAAAUGCUUUCUGAUCAGCCAACUGAGGAUGACGAAGAAGAGCUUCAGGAUGCCACCAAUUUUGCCUUUGAUGAGGGAACCACUCGCAUGCCAGACGAUACCACAGUGAUGGACAGCGAGAACUUCAGCAUGAUCUCAGUCGAGUCACUACCCCAUAGUGGCGGUCUCACCAGCCCACCAAAGGCCGAAGUGAACAGCAAGCCCACGCCUCAAAGUGGCUCUAUGCUUAGGCACGAGUAUCUGGAGCCAUCUAUGAGCGUCACUUCUCCUCCGAAAGCCCAACAAGUCUCGGCUCCAUCACCAAAACUGUUGAACGUGUCGUCUAGUCUACAGCCAAACACAGGCCUGUCGCGUCCGGCAUUCAGACGCUUUGUAACGCCAGUCAUCGACGCUGCAAUCCCUUCUGCGCCGCCUGAACCUGCGCCGGUCCAGGUGGCACCACCCAAAGCCGAGACUCCGGGACUCGGCCGUGUGGUGACCGCGGGCGUUGCCCUGCAAGGAGUCUUGGACCCCAGUCGUCUCACACCCGAGCCUUCGCAGAAGAUGCUGGAUGACAAACGCGACAGGCUGGACGACCUCUUCCGUGGCUUCAGCGACAGUACUCGCAAAGAGCUGCAAGCAGGUCUUCGUCUAGGUGAACAGCUUGCCCAAGGCCAGGAGGAAGGACAGUCGUCUCGAGAUCACUCUAGUCCUAUCAAGCCAAAUGCAGAGCCGGAGACUGCACCCAAAGGCGUCUUCAAGUCGAAGCGAAAGCAUCGCGAGCCACGCCUUCUUACACCGGAAGACCAUGACGAUUUUGUCGUUACAGAGGAUGUUGAGGCCGAAGGCAACGACGUCCAGUACCCAAUACUUGACACUACGACGGAGAAGUCGCUACCCAGCCCAGCAAGGAGCGAAAACGAGAUGAGCUGGCAGCUUGAUUCUCCACCUGCGGCGAAUAUCAACUCUGAGCGUCGGCACUCUGUUGCGAUGGAGGAUCAGCCUGAGCAAUCUCACGGGAGCGCACAGAUCCAGUCUGUAGCUCAUGCGGUCACUCAGGUGCACGAAGAAGACUAUGGCGAUAUUUGGCAGGAGGAAGCCAGCCGAUCGUCUAACUCCGCUGGAACCGACAACGUCCCGCAGGUACAAGAUCUCUUUGAGCCGGGUCCUGUCGCGCCGGCUCGUGGCAAGCUCCCUCGCACCUUGUAUAGCGAUGAGGCAGAGUCGCCACAGCAGCACGCUCCAGUACAGAAGGAGCUUGUCGAAGACGAACAUGAGGAGAAUGAAGUGGACGAUGAUGAAGAUAUGUCCGAGGAAGAUGAUCCUGUUAGUGAUGGUAGCGACGAUACUGGCAUGUUCUUCCAAUCCAACAUGCCCAACAUCUUUAGCAAAAGGCACUCGCGCGACCUAAAACAAAGGAAAACAGAAAAGUUGGAUCUGACGCUACUCAUGAAUGAGGCAUCUAGCAUCCGGCGCGUGCGCAAUGAAGCGGACGGAUAUCUGGAAGCCUACGAAGCACAAGAACGCAGCUUGAACGAGAUCGAGGAGGUGACGGAACUCAGCCGGACUCAUAUCAGCAAAGUUGCGUCAAGUCCACCGCGGAUGAAGAUGCUGUCACCUGUACGCAAGAGGGUUCCACUUUUCCAACCGGCACCAGCAAAGCCUAUCGAGAGUCUACGAAGGGACAAUGAAAGCGAAUCAACCACAGAGACCGCAAGUAGCUCCCUUUCGGUACAGCAGCCCUCUGCUGUUGCUGCACAACCUGAGGCACCACAACAGCGACCAACAGUCCUCACCCGCAUGACGUCGUCACUGUGGUCCACCGUCACCCGACAGGACAAAGUCGUCAAGCCCCAUCCCAUCCUCUCAAAGCUCAGCCCACUUCCCAAGGUUGAGCCUUGGACUAAAACACAUUACAAGACUCUGGACAGGCUAUACGCUAUCAACCAGAAGCACUUGGCCCUGUUCUCACCCAACAUCACUCCCCCCACCCCUCUGUCCCAGACCAACGCCCACUUACUUCAAAAGUUCCUCAACAAAAACAAACAACCUUACGUCGGCGCCGUCUUCGCCGCAUGGGGCUACGAAUUCGACAUGACCGAGGAAUUGGUGGUGCUGUGUCAGGUGUUCUGCGAACUCAUGAGCUUGGAUAGCGUGAAGGCGUAUGAGACGCUAAAGGGCAGGGAGAUCGAAAUGGGCGACUGCUUGCCUGGUAAGGCGGGUGACUUGAUCGAUGCGGAGGAGGUUAUGAGGAGACUUGCGACGGUGAUUCUGGGCGAGGAGGUCCGGGUAGAUGAGAAGGAGGGCGUCAAGAUCGAUCGGACGCGGGGAUUGGAGAUUCGCUGGCCGCAGCAAUGA